AUGGCGAAUCCCGGAGGAGGUGCCGAAGCCUUCGCGCGAUUCAAGCAGUAUGAGUACCGCGCCAACUCCUCCCUCGUGCUCAACCUCGAGUCGCGUCCGCGCGACUCGCACGAGCCCACGGGCGAGCCGGAAACCCUCUGGGGCCGCGUCGACAUGAAGAAAUUCGGCGACCGGGCUGGCCACGGCAGGCCCAAGGAGGUGGAGGAAGCUGCGAAGAAGAAGCGCGAGAAGCGCGAGAAGGACCGGCUGAAAUCCCUCGCGGCCGGCGGAACCUCCGCGGCCGGCACCGGCGGCGACGUCUGUUUGGAUCUGCUCGGGAAGAAGUCGACCAAGCGGCAGAAGCGCGGCGGAGGCGCCGGCGGCGGCGGCGCGGGUGGCGGGCCGGGCGGGGCGGGAUUUCAGGAGGACACGGUGCUGUCAUUGGUCGACGACGGGAUGUACCGCCCGCGCACGCGCGAGACGCGCGCCGCAUACGAGCUUCUGCUGAGCCUCAUCCAGCAGCAGUUCGGGGACCAACCGCAGGACGUUUUGCGCGGCGCGGCGGACGAGGUUCUAACGGUUCUUAAAGACGACAAGCUGACGGAUCCGGAGCGGAAGCGCGAGAUCGAGAAGCUUCUGAACGCGAUGCCGAACGAGCGGUUCGCGGAGUUCGUCGCGCUGGGGAAGCGCAUCACGGACUACGAGCAGGGCGGCGGAGGGGGGGGCGGAGGCGGAGGCGGAGCCGGCGGAGACGGGGAGGGCGGAGCGGGGGAGGCGCUAGACGACGAUAUCGGCGUGGCGGUGGAAUUCGAAGAGGAAGAGGAUGAGGAUGAUGAGGAUUUGGACGAGAUUCAGGAGGAGGACGAGGACGAGGAGGAGGAGGGCGCGGAAGGCGGAGACGGCGGAGAGGGCGCGGGGGACGGCGGAAUGCAGAUGGCGGGCGCGCUCGACGACGACGAGGAGCGCGAGGAGGAGGGGCUGAGCGUACAGGACAUCGACGCCUAUUGGCUGCAGCGCAAGAUCGCGCAGGCGUACGCCACGUCAGCAGGCGGCGGAAUCGACCCGCAGCAGAGCCAGAAGCUCGCGGCGGAGGCGCUGGGGAUUCUGGAGGCGGCGGGCGGGGAAGGGGACGGGGGAGGGGGAGGGGGAGGCGGAGGCGGAGGCGGAGGCGGAGGCGGAGGGGGGGCGUCGGGGUGGGGCGCAGGCGCGGGCGCGGACGAGCAGCAGCGCGAGGCGGAGAAUAAGCUUGUGCGGCUUCUGGAUUAUGAUAAAUUCGAUCUAAUCAAGCUUUUACUGCGUAAUCGGCUCAAGAUUGUAUGGUGUACGCGGCUCGCGCGCGCGGAGGACGACGCGGAGCGGAAGCGCAUCGAGGGGGAGAUGACGGAGAAGGGGGACCGCGCGCUGCGCGCGAUUCUGGAGCAGCUGCACGCGACGCGCGCGUCCGCCAAGGAGAGGCAGCGGAACCUCGAGCGCAGCAUCCGCGAGGAGGCGCGGAAGCUGCGCGAGGGGGGCGCGGGAGGCGCGGGGGGAGCGGGGGAGGGCAUGGAGGGCGACGAGAUGGAGAUUGGGCGGAAGGGGGAGAGAGGGGGGAAGGGCGGGGAGGAGGGGGAAGCGGGGGGAGGGGGAGGCGGAAGAGGUGGGGGAGGCGGAGGGGGAGGGUGGUUGAAGGGGCAGCGGCAGAUGCUAGACCUAGAUUCCCUCGGUUUCUCCCAGGGCAGCUGGCUUAUGGCCAACAAACGUUGCGAGCUGCCCGAAGGCUCGUACCGGGCACCCAAAAAAGGUUACGAGGAGGUCCACGUGCCGGCCCUGAAGCCCAAGCCUCUGGGCAAGGGCGAGGAGCUGGUGAAAAUUUCCGACCUGCCCGAGUGGGCUCAGCCCGCGUUUGGCGAGACGAAAACCCUAAACCGCAUCCAGAGCAGGGUUUACGAAACGGCGCUAUUUACCCCGGAAAAUGUGCUGCUCUGCGCGCCGACCGGGGCAGGAAAAACGAAUGUCGCAAUGCUGACGAUUCUGCAUGAGAUCGGGCUGCACAGGAGGGAGGACGGGAGUAUUGACCUGUCGGGCUUUAAGAUUGUGUAUGUGGCGCCUAUGAAAGCGCUGGUGGCGGAACUGGUGGGGAACCUGGGGAACCGACUGAAGGAGUAUGGCGUGAGCGUGAAGGAGCUGACUGGAGAUGCCUCGCUGACUCGGCAGCAGAUUGAAGAGACCCAGAUCAUCGUCACUACCCCCGAGAAGUGGGACAUCAUAACCCGAAAGGCAGGCGACCGCACGUACACACAGCUGGUGCGCCUGGUGAUCAUCGACGAGAUCCACCUGCUGCACGACCACCGCGGCCCCGUGCUCGAAUCCAUCGUCGCCCGAACCGUGCGCCAAGUCGAGAGCACGCAGGAGAUGAUCCGACUCGUCGGGCUGUCCGCCACUCUCCCGAACUACGAGGAUGUGGCGAUUUUUCUGCGCGUGGAUUUGGAUAAGGGGCUGUUUUACUUCGAUAACUCGUUCCGCCCGUGCCCGCUCGCGCAGCAGUAUAUCGGGAUUACCGUUCGGAAGCCGCUGCAGCGGUUCCAGCUGAUGAACGAGAUCUGUUAUGAGAAGGUGGUGGAGUGCGCCGGGCGGCACCAGGUGCUCGUUUUUGUCCAUUCCCGGAAAGAGACGGGGAAGACCGCCCGCGCGGUGCGGGACGCGGCGCUGGCUGCGGAUACGCUGGGGCGGUUUUUGAAGGAGGAUGGGGCGAGCAGGGAGAUUCUGGCGAGCGAGGCGGAGAGCGUUAAGAGUGGGGAGCUGAGGGACCUGCUGCCGUAUGGGUUUGCCAUCCACCAUGCUGGGCUGGCAAGGGCGGAUAGGACGCUCGUGGAGGAUUUGUUUGCAGACGGGCACAUUCAGGUGCUUGUGUCGACCGCCACUCUCGCAUGGGGUGUCAACCUCCCGGCCCACACUGUCAUUAUCAAGGGCACUCAGGUGUACAACCCAGAGAAGGGCGCAUGGACGGAACUCUCUCCCUUGGACGUCAUGCAGAUGCUGGGGCGAGCGGGGCGGCCGCAGUAUGACACGUAUGGAGAGGGUGUGAUUAUAACGGGGCAUGGCGAGCUGCAGUUCUACCUGUCACUGCUGAACCAGCAGCUCCCCAUAGAGUCACAGCUGCUCUCUCGCCUGGCUGACAGUCUGAACGCUGAAGCCGUGCUGGGCACAGUGCACAACGCACGGGAGGCGUGCAGGUGGCUGGGCUACACGUACCUGUACAUCCGCAUGCUGCGCAACCCGCCACUUUAUGGCAUCUCGGCUGACGAUGCUGAAAGGGAUCCCGUGCUGGAGGAGAGGCGGGCAGACCUGAUCCACUCAGCAGCGGUGCAGCUGGAUCGUAACAACCUUAUGAAGUACGACCGCAAGUCGGGCGUCUUCCAGGUGACUGAUCUGGGGCGCAUAGCCUCCUUCUACUACAUCUCCCACGGCACCAUCGCGACGUACAACGAGCACUUAAAGCCCACGAUGGGCGACAUCGACCUGUGCCGCCUCUUCUCCCUGUCGGAGGAGUUCAAGUACGUGGGCGUGCGCGAGGAGGAGAAGCUGGAGCUCGCCAAGCUGCUGGAGCGAGUGCCCAUCCCUGUGAAGGAGGGCAUCGAGGAGCCCAGCGCCAAGAUUAAUGUGUUGCUGCAGGCAUACAUCAGCCAGCUGCAGCUGGACGGGCUUUCACUCGUUUCUGACAUGGUCUACGUCACUCAGUCCGCCGGUCGGCUGAUGAGAGCUCUAUUCGAGAUCAUCCUAAGGAGGGGGUGGGCGCGCUUAGCAGAGCGAGCACUCAACCUCUGCAAGAUGGUGUCUCGCCGCAUGUGGGCUGCCCAGUCGCCCCUGCGGCAGUUCAAGGGAGUGCCUCUUGAGAUCAUUGCCAAGCUGGAAAGGAAGGACCUCGUGUGGGAGCGAUACUACGACCUCUCGUCCCAGGAGCUUGGGGAGCUGGUUCGCAUGCCGAAGCUCGGCAAGACUCUGCACAAGCUGGUGCACCAGUUCCCUCGUCUCGAGCUGGCAGCGCAAGUCCUUCCCAUGACGCGCUCGGUUCUACGGGUGGAUGUCACCAUAACGCCCGACUUCCAGUGGGAGGAGAAGCUGCACGGCUUCGUGGAGCCCCUCUGGGUCAUCGUCGAGGAUCACGACGGAGACACCAUCCUACACCACGAGCUAUUCCUUCUCAAGAUGCAGUACGCGCAAGAGGAUCACUACCUCUCGUUCACGGUCCCGAUCUUUGAGCCGCUGCCGCCGCAGUAUUUUGUGAAGGUCGUUUCGGACCGUUGGAUCGGCGCGCAGACCGUGCUGCCCGUGAGCUUCCGCCACCUUAUUCUGCCCGAGAAGUUCCCGCCGCCCACCGAGCUGCUGGACCUGCAGCCGCUGCCGGUUACCGCGUUACGUAACGCGGCGUUCGAGGCGCUGUACGCUGGAGAAGCAGCGGCAGGCCUGGUUUCCACCGACCCUUCCGGCGGGGCUGGUUCGGGGACGGUCCGGCGGGGCAUUUCGCACUUUAACCCCAUUCAGACGCAGGUGUUUACGGUUCUAUACAACACCGACGACAACGUCCUGCUGGCCGCGCCCACGGGCAGCGGGAAAACAAUCUGCGCGGAAUUUGCAAUCCUCCGCAUGCUGCAGGCAAAAGCCUCUGGCGGAAACUCGGGCAGCCCGGACGAAAUUUCGUACGGCGGGCGGUGCGUGUACGUGGCUCCAGUGGAAGCGAUUGUGAAGGAGAGGGCGAAGGAGUGGGGGGAGAGGUUCGGGAAGAUGCUGGGCGGAGGGGGGAAGGUUAAGGUUGGGGAGCUUACGGGGGAGAGCGGGACGGAUUUGAAGCUUCUAGAGAGGAGCAACAUUGUUGUGAGCACGCCCGAGCGAUGGGACCAGCUUAGCCGACGGUGGAAGCAGAGGCGGGCUGUUCAACAGGUGGACCUGUUCAUAGUGGACGAGCUUCAUCUCAUCGGGGGUCACAACGGCUCUAUUCUAGAAGUCAUCACCUCCCGCAUGCGCUACAUAAGCUCCCAAUCCGCAGCAUCCGCAGCGGCAGGGGGCGGGCUGGGGGCGUCCGGAGGGGCCAACAGCCAGCAGGCGGCAGGGGGGCACAGGAUCCGCAUCGUGGCGCUGGCGGCGUCGCUGGCGAAUGCGCGGGAUCUGGGCGAGUGGGUGGGGGCGAGCUCCCACGGGCUCUUCAACUUCUCCCCCGCUGUGCGCCCCGUGCCCCUGGAAAUUCACAUUCAGGGGUUUGACGUCUCCAACUUCGAUGCGCGCAUGCAGGCCAUGACCAAGCCGGCCUACACGGCCAUAAUGAACCACACCGCUCGCUCCAGCAAGCCCGCGCUCGUCUUCGUCCCCACCCGCAAGCACGCGCGCCUCACCGCUCUCGACCUCUGCGCUUUCGCUGCCGGCGACGCCGGGGCCACUCUCGCCGCGGCCGCCAACGCGGACGGGACCUCCGGUGCUGCUGGGAACGCCGAUGGGACGACCUCUGCUGCAGCUCUGGCGGCGGCUUCCCCGUUUCUGCACUGUGGGGAGGGGGACUUGGCGCCGUUUCUGGCGCGCGUGAAGGACGAGGGGCUGCGGCACGGGCUGACGUUUGGAGUGGCGUAUCUGCACGAGGGGUUGAGUGCGGUGGAGCAGGAGGUGGUGCGGCAGCUCUUCACCGCUGGGGCUAUCCAGGUCUGUGUGGCUGUGAGCUCCCUCUGCUGGUCCAUAUUCCCCGCCAACCUCGUGGUCAUCAUGGGCACACAGUACUAUGACGCCAGGGGAGGGGGAGGCGGGUCCGGGGGAGGCGCAUCUGCCGUCGCGGGUGGCAGCGGGGGCGGCAGGGUGGACUAUCCAGUCACUGAUCUGCUGCAGAUGAUGGGGCGAGCCUCCAGGCCUGGCCUGGACGACGCCGGCAGGUGUGUGAUCUUCUGCCACUCGGCGCGCAAGGAGUAUUACAAGAAGUUCCUGCUGGAACCGCUCCCAGUCGAAUCCCAUCUGGACCAGCAUCUUCACGACCCUCUCAACGCUGAAGUGGUCGUUCGAACUGUCGAGAACAAGCAAGAUGCCGUUGACUACCUCACCUGGUCCUUCCUGUACCGCCGCCUCACCCAGAACCCCAAUUACUACAACCUCACCGGCACCUCCCACCGCCACCUCAGCGACCACCUCUCCGAGCUCGUCGAAACCACGCUCUCCGAUCUCGAAGCGUCCAAGUGCGUCGCGAUCGAAGAUGACAUGGACUUAUCCCCGCUGAAUCUGGGGAUGAUUGCGGCUUAUUAUUACAUCUCCUACACCACGAUCGAGGCGUUUUCGGGGUCGCUGGGGCCCAAGACGAGGCUCAAGGGGCUGAUAGAGGUGGUGGCGAGUGCGAGCGAGUAUGGCGAGCUGCCCAUGCGGCCGGGCGAGGAGGAGCAGGUGCGCAAGAUGCUGCACCACCAGCGCUUUGGGGUGGAGAAGCCCAACCUGUCGGACCCUCACCUUAAGGCGAACGUGCUGCUGCAGGCGCACUUUGCCCGCCACAUUGUGACAGGCCCUCUGGCGCAGGACCAGCGCGCGGUGCUCAUGGAAGCUUCCAGGUUGCUGCAGGCCAUGGUGGACGUGCUCUCCUCCUCCGGCUGGCUCUCCCCUGCUCUCGCCGCCAUGGAGCUCAGCCAGAUGGUCACGCAGGGCCUAUGGGAGAAGGACUCCCCGCUGCUGCAGCUGCCGCACUUCACCAAGGAGCUAGCUGCCAAAUUUACAGCAAAGGGAAUCGAAUCCGUAUCCGAUCUCGUGGAUAUGGACGACGACGAGCGGGCGGCGGCGCUCGGCAUGUCUGAGGAGCAGCUGUCUGACGUGGCGCGCGUGUGCAAUCGCUUCCCGUCCAUCGAUCUCAACUACGACCUGAUCAACGGCCAGGAUGUGGCGGCAGGGGAGAACGUGGUGAUGCAGGUGACUCUCGAGAGGGACAUCGAGCCUGGACAGGAGCUAGGUCCGGUGGACGCGCCGCGCUUUCCCAAGCCUAAGGACGAGGGUUGGUGGCUCGUGGUUGGGGACCCAAAGACCAAUCAGCUAUUGGCCAUUAAGCGAACGGCGCUCCAGCGAAAGGCAAAGGUUAAGCUUGAAUUCGCAGCGCCUGGAGGAGAAGGGGAGAAGGGCGGGGGCAGUGGGGAGGGGAAGAAGGAUCUGAUGCUGUAUUUCAUGUGCGAUUCGUACUUAGGGUGCGAUCAGGAGUAUGAGUUCAGUCUGAAUGUGGAAGGGGGGGUGAUGGAUGAGGAGGAUUAG